CAAUUCGCUAGCCCUGCGACGGCGUUGACCUACACCAUCCUCAUAAUUUGUUCCUGCAUCUGUCGGCGCGUUCAAGACGAAUACCAUUUUGCAGAUCAUGGCGGCCGAAUUUCCUGUACUCAAGAAUGAUCUCCUGUUGCGGGCUGCUCGAGGAGAGGAGACGGAACGUGCGCCCGUGUGGGUAAUGCGGCAGGCAGGACGAUAUCUCCCAGAGUUCCGCGAAGUGCGCGCCCAGCACGGCUUCUUCGAGGUGUGCCGCACGCCCGAGCUUGCGACUGAAGUGACGUUGCAGCCCAUCCGGCGUUACUCUGGGCUCCUCGACGCUGCGAUCAUCUUCAGCGACAUCCUCGUCGUCCCGCAAGCGAUGGGCAUGGACGUCGAGAUGAACCCCGGCCCGUUCUUUCCCCGCCCGCUCGACACGCCCGCAGACAUUGCCAAGCUGCGUGCGACGGUCAACGUCGACGCCGAGCUCGGGUACGUGUUCGAGGCGAUCACUAUGACGCGGCAGCGGCUCGCGGGCGAGGUGCCGCUCAUCGGCUUCUGCGGUGCGCCGUGGACGCUGUUCUCGUACAUGGUCGAAGGCGGCGGGAGCAGGACGUAUCAGAAGGCCAAGUCAUGGUUGUUCAAGUACCCCGAGGAGUCCAAGGCGCUGCUCACGAGGAUCGCAGACGUCUGCGUAGAUUUUCUCGUCGGGCAGGUCAAGGCUGGAGCGCAGUUCCUGCAAGUAUUUGACUCGUGGGCAGGCGAGCUUACGCCACAUCACUUCCGCGAAUUCGCGCUGCCCUCGCUCACACACAUCGCCACCAGCGUGCGCAGCAAGCUCCAAGCGCAGGGCAUCCAAGUCGUGCCCAUGACCCUCUUCCCGAAGGGCACAAACACACAGCUCGCACACAUCGCCGAGCACGCGGGGUACGACGUGAUCGGCAUCGACUGGUGCAUCGAACCCUCCGAGGCGCGGGGGCUCGUCGGCGAUUCAGUCGCAUUGCAAGGCAAUAUGGACCCAAACGUGCUGUAUGGCGGGCGUGAAGCGAUCGAGCGGGAGGUCAAGCGGAUGUGUGAGAGCUUUAAGGGAAGGAAGGGCCCGAAGGGGUGGAUAGCAAAUCUCGGACAUGGAAUCACUCCUGGAGUGGACCCGGAGGAUCUGCGCUGGUUCUUUGAGUGUGUUCACAAGUACUCGGCUCGAUAAAGCAGAAAUGAAAGCGGUUGAAUCUUGUGUGAGCUUCCAGGGCAGACCGAAGUUCUUUGUAUGUCUCACGGCAUAUAUACACGAUGAUACAUAAAUCUAUAUAUUAUCCGGAUAGCUAGAAAGACAAUAGCCAAGGAGCGCGAUCCAUUGCAUGCAUGACCAGUUUGCAGGGUAAAUGGGAGAGUAGAUGAGAUGACGGGGACGAAUGCGCAACGACCACGGGACUGACCAGACAGCGGUAGAUAUCGAUAGCGUAGCGGAAAUCCUAUGCACAAUACAAGAACGAGAAAGUAGACCGAGGGAGAUCAGGCUACAACGUCAUGCGACAACGUCUGCCUCAUUGAAGCUACUUCGUCUGCGACGCACCCUCCGCAGGUUCGGUCGUGCAGAGUUAGACCCAGGGAC